AUGGCUGGGUCAGGAUUCCUAGCUAUCUCUCAACGCAUCGAAAAGGAGAGAUCCAUUACCCAUUUAGGAACGGCGAGCGUGCGUCUCGAUAUUCUACACUUCCCACACUCACGUGUCUUGGACGUAGAGAAUGUCGAGCGACUAAAACAGCUUUUCAGAGCCGAGCGCGGCUGCAGGCCUGCGGAAUUUGCCAAUCGUAUACCUGCCAUCAUCUACCAAAGCCAGCUCGAGCAAUCCCUGGAACAGUCCGGGAUCUCUGCUGGCCAACUACGGCAUGAGAACCCCAGGAGCCACGCCCGGCUCGAGUUUCCUGCCGGGUUUCGCUUGGAAUGUCUCCGAGGACGUCACCGGGCCAAGGCGGCCGAAGAAGUCUUCGAUCUCGCGGCCCAGCGGUGGAUCGUCGACUUGUACCCAGCCGAUAUCAGUGCGGACCUAAGAAAGUCUCUCAUCGACGAGUACUCAAACGAGAGGACGCCUAGCCAUGGCGAGUUUUUCUAUAAGAUCCGCGAGUUCCAGGGCAUUUUCGGAGAGGGGAACAAAUAUUUUCAGAACCGAUGGACGGCUCGGUUGGCCUCCAGGUCGACGUACCUGGCGGAUCGUCUCAAUCAACUGAUCAAACACCCGGAUUUCGGGCCGGCAUUCGAUGCGUUCCAGCAUCUUCCAGCCCUUUAUAGCGGUUUACGGCUGAGCGUGAUCAAUAAAGUGAUCUACAUGAAUUGUCACGAAGAACAUCUGUCUUUUCUUGGACACGUUAGGAGCUUCUUCGAAAAUCUCUUUGAUCGGAAUAUCGAUACGAUGAAGAAGCUGGAUAUACCUACCCUGGAAGCCAUACAACUCAAGGCCCCUGGCGCGUGUCGAGCCGACACGGAUGAGUUAAAGCAUCGUAUACGACGUGGCGAACUCUUCGGCGCUUUUACCGAGGAGGAGCGGAGUGCGAUAUGGACGAGGCUUUGUGCCCUCACGACCGAUUGUGUAGUGCCAUCUCUCUACGCAUUCUUCGAAGAUCGCAAAUGGCUGGAGGGCCCGGCGAUUUGCUUCAAGCAACUCCUAAACGUGAAGAAGGGAAAUACAAUUCGUUCGGCCCUGGAAAGAGCGAUGGUGUACGAGAGGAAGCCAGACGGGUACGGCCUCACCGAUGCCCAAUGGUUGGAUUUUGCGUACAGAGCGCUGUGGUUGUAUGCGAUUCGCGAAUAUCAACAUUUGCUCCCUCGGAAAAAGCGAAAGUUAGCAAACGUGAAGGACAGCCAAGCCAACGAGGAGGUCCUGUUUAGAUUCGCUUCGUUAGCUGACGAGCUUGGGGUCAAGACCAAGGAAGUUCACGACAUACUGCAGCUCGACCCGGAUAGGACCAUGGCUCGUCGAUUUUUAAGGGAGGCCCGAAGGCCAGAUCAAUACCGGUACGAGGACUUUGAGGGUAGCAUUAUAAAAAUGGUCAAUGCAUUCAACGCCGCGGUGACGCGGCGUGGUGCAUGCGAUCAUGGAACCGACGACGAGGACUUGAUUGACAGGAGCGUCGAGAGCAUCACAGACGGGGACGAGAUUUACGACCAUUCCGGGCUACCGAGGAGAUCUAGGCUACUCAGGGGCCGAGAUCAAGCCAGAGACAAAGCUACGAUGUUUCUGGCGGGCCUCCAUAGUCCGGCCGAGAAGCAGGGCGCGUCCCUAUCGUCAUUCUUCAUUCAGCGGUCCAUCUACUUCGCAUACAUUGGGGCAGAUAUCGAUAUUCCUGUGGAGAAGCUGGCUAGGCUUGAGCGCGACAUCAUUCAUACUUCGUCCUAUCAAGCAGAAAGGUCAAAACGGCAGUCACAUGAGAGGAGGAGGACAAGUGAAAACGCGAGCGACAUGGGGAAGGAGCACUCACAGCGACUCGACAACCUGAGACGAGAAGUACUAGAGCAAGGACUACUACAGACGGAGCAGCAGGCCAGGAUCGAGGAGCUUCGGAUGCUGGAGGAGGCGAAGAAAAACGAUCUCGAACGGAUCAAGAGCGAAGAAUUAAGCUUGCGGGCUGUGGUGGAGGCAAGAUGAGGGUAAUUUGCGAUCGAGGUUGGGCGACCUCGACGCAGUUGGCGAAUGUGUGCGGGACGCUGCAAAGGCAGAGGAGGCAUUGCACGCUAGACUGGUAGAGCUUUCCAAAAAUGAACAAGAGAAACAAAGUAAACUUCAGCAACUUGCUGCGGAGGAGGCAGACCGAUCAGCAAGACUUGAUGACCUUAUAUCAAACGAGGAUAAGAAACGGUCGUCCCUUGAGGAGGUCGAAGCGAAGAUACUCGAGGGGGGGGAUGAUUUCCGAGGGACCGUGGAUCGGGGUGCACCGCCGGAGAGGGUAAC